AUGACGGACAACUGUGACUACGCCAGCACACUCUAUUGCGCAGCGACUUACGGAGAUCUGGUGGUUGCCAGGCAGGGCCUUGAUUCGCGCCCCGUCGGUUUCUUCUCCACCGUCAUGGGAGGAAUCGCCCUGGGGAGUCUGGUCAGCUUAGUCCUUGCUGUCCGAGUCGGAGGCCGUCGCGGUCGCGAAGGAUUCGUGGUUCCCGGCCCCGAUUCCGCGCAAGAGUCAAGCGCCACUGCUGCGUCACCUGGUUCGCGGACCAUGAAAGCAUGCGGCACAACCUGUCGUAAUUGCGCUGGUAGUGCGGAUGGGAUCGUUCCGGGUGAAGGCGACGAGAAAGACGCGGGGAGCGAUGCUUCCAGCGGGAAAGACUGCUGUGGUCAUAACGGAGGCCCCUCCGAAGACAAUGAAAGCACGGCCGGCAACAAGGCGGGCACCGAUAGUGGCAGGCGUUCCAUCAUCAAUGCCGGGCGAGCACUGUCCUCGAGUUUCCGAAGCAGCGGAACCGUUAGCCAGGGCAACACGAAGGCCUUCGCCAUCCUCGUGCAGCAAGAAGAGCAGAGGCGGUCCGCUUCCUUGAAGAGCACCGCAUCGAUCAUAGCAGAAGAGAAACAGAUGCGCUCCGCUUCUUUGAGGGCCGCUACCGAACAAGAAAAACGGCAGGGCGACUUUUCUCAGAGGAUCACCACCACCGCCGUCCCAUCUUCCCCUACGAGGCGGAACUCCCUGCUUGUCGCCCACAAGAUCAGGUGGCCCUCAUUCUCAAAUUCAGGACGCGACGGAGGGCGCACGAUCCCGGACCAGUUCCCGAGCUCCUCCGAAGGGUCGCCACUGUCUUCCUUCAGCUUCAGAUCCUCGACACUGUCGGACCCUCGCUUUUCGGACGAUGAUGGCGCCGAUACGGUGUCUCCGACGGGAAGGAAAUCUAGCACAACGAUCACCGCGAAGGCUCUUGCUGAGGCGUUUGACGAGCCCGGGUCGCCUUUGGGGGUCUCCCACGAGCUCGGUGGUUGGUGGCAAUACACCGGCGACGGUGGGUUUGAGGGGCAGUCCGCUCUGUCUCACUUUGCCGCCGGUGGUGGCAUUGCGGUGGCUCAGAGCAGCCUCGAUCCGGGUCAGGCUGACGGGGGCGGACUGAUCCACUCGGUCAAGGCCAUGCCUCCAGCGGACGUCGCGAGAGCAGCAGCGGCGGCAACCACGGGCGGGGCGCAACACCUCGACACGACCACCACAGCAGACCCAGAACCACACGAUUUCCCUUUGAUUCGCCGUGCAGCGGUCGCUCUGGCAGGGAUGGGCGCGAGAGGACGGAUGUUUGCGGCAUCGAGGCCACGAUCGACGUUCCUCUCGCAGGUGGUGGAGACCCCUCCGCUGUCGGUCUUAACGUCGUCGUCGACGGCGACGAGCUCUGGUAUCGGUUCGGUGGAGGUCUUCGACAACGCCCACAGGACCGACUUUGCCACAUCUGCCCGACUUGGGGCGAUCGCGGGGUCACCUCAAGACGAAGAGGAACAGCGCCGACAAUGGCCCAAGAAAGCUGCCCAUGCCGGCAGCGGCAAUAGCAGUGGCAACGCCGACAAACUGUCCACGCACUUGCAAGUUGAUCCGCCACCUCAACCGGCAUGCGGCGACCAGGAUGACCACCACCCAAAGCAGCACCAGCAGCUGCACCAAUCUCAACAGCGCGAAGCUGACAUGUACCCCCCGUUCGUGGCGCGCCUGGACGAGCUCACGUCACCGGGAGGGUUGUGCGACCUGCUCGAAUCCCCUCAAAACGUCCCUGAGCCUCAGCUAUCAGCAAGGGCGAAGGCCAGUCCGAUGGGGUCCGCAAGCCCGUCCCCGCCGUUUACUGAGCCUUCGCCGGCUGGCACAUCGGUGUCGUCCUGUGAAUCAGGGCCUAGGCCAACACCACACUUCUUCUAG